CUCUUGUUCAGACUGUUGGGAGUAACAGAAAAGGAGAGAGAGUCUUUCACACUGCCUGCUAAAGUGUGUUAGUCUUUCAUUAUUGUAGGCAAACAACGCGGUGGAUUUAUUAUGAGGGAGUCAUGUCUACAAGGGCAGGUUGAAGAUUGCUGAAUAUGAUCCUGCAGUUCCAGCAGAAGUGAACUCAACCUCAUAAAACAAACAUGAGCGACGCUGUGGAGAACCUGGACACCAGGGAGCUGGGCUUCUCAGAUGCUGAAGAUGAACCUGAAGAGGUGGACUUCAAGGAGUUCAACCCUUCUGGUGAUGUCCAGAUCCCAUUCUCAGCUGUGUACAGAACAGUUGGCUUUAAAGAGGCAGAAGCCCAGGUGUACCUCACCACUGCUCCUAUAACUGCCAAGAUACUAGCGGUGGAGCGUUUCACCACGACCCCAGACCGCUUAAAUAUCAAACACAGAAGUGUGUCCAAGGCGAUGCCAGCUGUGUUUAAAAUAGAGUUGAAGCAUGGGAACUUCACCUGGGUGGUGAAGAGAAAAGAGAAAAAUUUCAUGGAUUUGCACAGAGAGCUUCUGCGCUACAAGACCCUCAUGAGGAUCCCACUGCCCACCCGAAGCCAUACUGAGAGACGGAAGAGCAUCAAAAGAAGUGAGGUGAGGCAGAUGCCCGUUCUACCUCGGGGAGGCAGAGACGAGCUGGUGCGAGAGGAGCAAGUGUCUAGCAGAAGGAAACAACUGGAAGACUACCUGAACAAGCUGCUGAGGAUGGCAAUGUACAGAAAUUACUAUGCAACCAUGGAGUUCAUUGAUGUGAGUCAGUUGUCCUUCAUUCAGGAUUUGGGCCCAAAAGGAUUAGAAGGCAUUGUUCAUAAAAGGUCGGGAGGUCAUCGUAUUCCAGGCAUAAACUGCUGUGGUCACAAUGAAGUCUGCUACCGCUGGUCCAAACGGUGGCUAGUUGUGAAGGACUCUUUUCUGCUUUAUAUGAAGAAGGACAUGGGUGCAAUUUCAUGUGUCUUACUGGUGGACAAUGAGUUCAGCAUUAAAAUGGACUCAAAAUACACCGAGACCAAGCAUGGCGUAAGGAUAGAAAACUUGUCCAGGAAACUGGUGCUGAAAUUCUCCAGUUACAGAAGUGCCCGCUGGUGGGGUCAGGCCAUUGAAAGCUUCGUCCGGAAACAUGGCAAGGCCUUUUUAAGGACCCACCGAUUUGGAUCUUUUGCCAGAGAAGAGGAGAACAUACCCUCGAAAUGGUAUGUGAAUGGUAAAACCUAUAUGGAGGAUGUUGCUGAUGCACUGGAGGAGGCAAAGGAGGAGAUCUUCAUUACAGACUGGUGGCUGAGCCCUGAGAUCUUUCUGAAGAGACCUGUGGUGGAGGGCAAUCGCUGGAGGCUGGACUGCAUUUUAAAACGCAAAGCCGAACAAGGAGUGAGAAUCUUCGUCAUGCUCUAUAAGGAAGUAGAGCUGGCACUCGGCAUUAACAGUGGGUACACCAAAAGAACCCUGAUGCACCUUCACCCUAACAUCAAGGUGAUGAGACACCCCGAUCACGUUUCGUCCUCCGUCUACUUAUGGGCCCAUCACGAGAAGAUUGUAGUGAUCGACCAAUCGGUUGCUUUCGUGGGAGGGAUUGACCUAGCGUACGGCCGUUGGGAUGAUCGCGAGCACCGUUUGACUGACGUGGGGAGCGUAACACAUUCUGUUGCCCAGGCAAUGGAGGAGAGUUCGAAAUCAUCCACACCCAAGAAAAAAGGUUUUUCUGGCAGUCAUUUAAUGGCUGGUGACUCAGCAGACCUGCCCAAACUAAAAGGCAUUGGUCGUACUCGCAGGGCACGGUUUAGCCUGUAUCAUCACCUGCAGCGAGGUCUUCAUCAUGCCGACAGUAUCAGCAGCAUCGAUAGCUCCAAUAAGAGUGGCUCAAUGCACAGUCUUCAGACAGGUGUGGGGGAGCUGAUAGGGAACACACGCUUCUGGCAUGGCAAAGACUACUGCAACUUCGUCUUCAAAGACUGGGUUCAGCUGGAUAAGCCUUUUGAUGAUUUUAUUGACAGGUAUACGACUACCAGAAUGCCUUGGCAUGACAUCGCCUCAGUGGUGCAUGGGAAAGCAGCCAGGGAUGUUGCUAGGCACUUUAUACAGCGUUGGAAUUUCACCAAGAUGAUGAAGCCAAAGUACAGAUCACUCAACUACCCGUUUUUACUACCUAAAUCGCACAGCACAGGCAAUGAUCUGAGGUACCAAGUUCCAGAUUGUGUUCAGACCAAAGUUCAGGUUCUGCGGUCAGCUGCGGACUGGUCUGCUGGAAUCAAGAACCACGAGGAAUCUAUUCAUAAUGCCUACAUUCAGGUCAUUGCCAAGAGCAAGCACUUCAUCUACAUUGAGAACCAGUUUUUCAUUAGCUGCGCAGAUAACAAACUUGUUUACAACAGGAUUGGCGAUGCCAUUAUUGAGAGAAUCAUCAGAGCUCACAAAGACAAUAAAAAGUUUCGUGUGUAUGUUGUGACACCUCUGUUGCCUGGCUUUGAAGGAGACAUCACUACAGGAGGAGGAAAUGCACUUCAGGCUGUCAUGCAUUUCAACUACAGGACCAUGAACAGGGGAGAGUACUCCAUAAUCUUUCAACUGAAGAAAGAACUGGAUGACCAAUGGAUGAACUACAUCUCAUUUUGUGGUCUGAGAACUCAUGCUGAGCUGGAAGGCAGACUGGUGACUGAACUCAUUUAUGUUCAUAGCAAGCUGCUCAUCGCUGAUGACAACACGGUCAUUCUUGGCUCUGCCAACAUCAACGACCGCAGCAUGUUGGGUAAGAGGGACAGUGAGGUUGCUGUGAUUUUUGAGGACUCUGAAACGAUGCCAUCAGUAAUGGAUGGACAAGAGUACCAGGCUGGCAAGUUUGCCCUGCAGCUCAGACUCGAGUGCUUCAAAACCAUUCUAGGUGCCUUUAGCGAUCCAACCAUCGAUGUGAGUGACCCCAUCAGUGACAGGUUCUACAAAGACGUGUGGAUGACCAUCUCGGGUCGGAACGCCACCAUUUAUGAGAAGGUUUUCCGCUGUUUGCCCUCCGGUCUGGUGCGUAACAAACAAGAGCUCAUGAGUUUCCAGUCCAAACCUGGCCUCGACAAAGACGAUCCUAUUAAAGCUCAAGAGCUGCUGAAGAAAAUCAGGGGCUUCCUGGUUCAGUUCCCACUGGAUUUCCUCUGUGAGGAGAACCUCAUGCCCUCGGUGGGCACCAAAGAAGCAAUGGUGCCCACUGAGAUCUGGACCUAAUGCGGCCAAAUGUGAACUACAGCAAAGACAAUCCACUUCUUGUGAUAAAAUAAAUUCAAUAGGUUAGACAUAUCGUUCGUUGUGAAGUUCCACACAGAACGAAACGAAGAAGCGAAGGAUACGUUUUUUUCACAAAUAAAUGUUCGUGUUCAUGUUGUUUUGUACCUGUUAUCAAUGUUUUGUAAAUAUAAUCAAUAUAAUAUUUUAUAAGCAGCACUACAAAAAUGUAUGAAUGAAAGUUGCUUUCUUAAGAUGCCAAAACAGAAGGGCCUUUUAAAUAAAUAAUAUCAUUUUAAUGUCCAUAAGGAAGUUCUGAAUUUAUUGGUGGAUGGCUCCCUCUCAAAGAGAAGGCUAAAAUGGAAAGUGGAAGUCCUGUCACAUGUGAUUUUGUCACUGGGGCCCAUUCUUCAGCCCGGCGUCCCCAGUGGAACAGCAUUCAUGACAGGCUGAGCCCAGUAAUAUGUGUUUUCUGUCUGCGAACCUGCCGAGGCUUUUACUGUCCAGUCCUGUCGCCUGUCUCUAAGUGUCAGAGCUCUGGGGAGAGCAGACAAUCUGUCUGUGAAUUAAAGUGCUGAGUGCCUGAGGGCAUUUGUUGCCCCUCAGCGCCCAAAAGCAAUGUGUGACUCAUCCAAUCCUACAUUCUCCUGUUCGCACAUGUGCCAAGGGUGUGUAUUUAUGAGUGUUUUACGAUCACUUUCACAUUCACCCAAUAUGUUUCAAUAUCAGGUCAGCCAUUUCCUGCGAUUACUUGUUUUUUGUUUUGUUUCUUUGGUGUUGCCAGUUUCCACUUGUUCAGGUUGGCAUCUUAUUGGACAUUGCCACCUGUUUUUGGUUGCAUUUUGUUAUAUUUUAGCUGCUCACAGUUGUAUCUUAUUUAUUAAUCAAUUAAACACAAAAUGUGGAUAUAUGAAUGACAAUAGCAAUUAUGGGUCAUAUUCUCAGAAUCAGUUAAAUAUAAGGGAUAAGAACUCUCUUUCUUUGUUUUUUGGAAAUGUAUCACUUUUAUACUAUAGAUCACUGAAUCUAUCUGAAACUUUGGGAGUUCUGGAGGUCUUGGUGAGAAACUGACAUCAUAUGAUGUCUGUGAAUUGUGACAGAUAAUAUGUAGUUAAGCCUGGUUUCAGAAGAUCUUUGAACAACUCUGUAUUAAUGCUUGUACCGCAAUUUGCACUAAAUAAGCCCCAAAUAAAUCCUCAAAG